AGUAGACAAACUUUAUGUGGUGUGGCCUCAUCAUGACUGAGCCCGCAACUGCUUCUUCGCACACACAAGCCAAACCUUACUACGCCCGGAACUCGAGCUGAAGCUUGGGAGACCACCGACCACAUCACGAGGACGGCGACGUUCCCAAGAUGCUGUCACAGGAGGAUGAAGCAAUACGGGGCGCCCGCUGCCUCUUCAGCCCAGAGGAAGUUUUCCACCACGCACGCGUCAAACAUGGGGCGCGCCUCUCCUCACUUGCUCGCACCAACCACGUACUGGACAGCCGCGCCCUCUUUAAGCAGCAGUCCCGCUCCGCCGCCCGUAUCCAGUACGACUCGCCCCGUGCCGUCCUCAGGAACGCGCUUGCCACCGACCACACGCUACGCAGCUCCGCGCUCGCUGAUGAUGCAGCCUGCAGCCGUGGUUACCACCGACAGCAACAGCAGCUGUCCCACAAUUCCCAUCAGCAGGGCAACGGCAGCAGUGGCGACAGGGCCACGAUAGGGCGGCGUGUGAGCGGUUGCAGCGUGGGUGACGAGGACGAGGAGUCGGCGGCUGCUGCAGACCCGGCGGCAGUGCUGCUGAAACAGGCGACGGGCUGUGUCGCAGAAAUGCUGUACCAACUGCGUCGCAGCACGACUGAGGAGGCGGCGUCAGCCGGUGUGGCGGCGGCGGCGGCCGCUGCUGAUGCUGCUGCGACGCCACCGGGGCUGGUGGUGACGACGGGGGUUAUCAGCCGAGCGUGCUCGUUGGCGAUGGGUCAGGGCAAUCGAGGCUGUGCGGCGGACGAUGCGGCCGAUGCUGGUGCUGAUGCUUGCGUGGACACGGGCGCUUGCGUGGACACGACGCCGCUGGCCGAAGAGGGAGUGUCUCCGGUGGGCGGCAGCAGCCGCAAUGGCAACCUGCUGGCAGCAGCUCAUCAGGUGUCCUGGGGCGCACUUCACAUGCGGGGUGCAGCGGCGGAGGCAGAAGAGGAGCGGGAGGCAGAGGAGGCAGAUGCUGAAGCGGAGGGCGUGAGCGCGUGCAAUACGAGCGUAUCCUCUUCGUCGCUUGCGGCUGCGAUGGGAGUCACGUUCCCUCGCAGCCCCUGCGGCUGCAGGAGCAUUGGUGGCCGCGGUGCCUGCUCCAGUCGCUUCGUGGUCACGCUGAUGCCAAGCCGCAGCAGCGGGAGCUUCGGCCUCGCUUGCGGCGGCGAGGACAGCGCGGCAGCAGCGGCUGCGGCGUCAAUUGACGACUGCAGCGGACGGUGGUGCGGGGCCGGAAGCCCGCUGCAUUCGCCAUCACCUGCGUUGGAAACAGCAUCCACGGCCGCAACCGCCGUUGCAGGCCACUGGCACCGACACGCCGCGCGCUGGCGUCGGGCAUCCCUUCAGGACUACAGUGGCGGCGGGCUCUGGUUUGUGCAGGAGCCGCUCUCGCCCCCUUGCCGUGGCGGCGAAACAACAGCCGGCACGCGACUGGGGCCCAGCGGUGCUAGGCUGGAAAGCAGCGGCGGUGGCGGUGGCGGCGAUAUUAUUGACGGCGGUGGUGGCCGUGGCCGUGGUGGUGGCGGCACGGGUAGCGGGCGAGGGUCGCUCCGCCGCCUGGCCUCGUCGCACAGCGGCGGCGUGAGCAGCAGCGGCGAUGAUCGCACGUGUUGGCGCUGCGAGCGCGAGCUCCGGGCCCUGCGCGGGAGGCCCUCAGUUGCAGGUGGUGCGGGGCUGGCGGAAGGCCCUGGAGGUGAGAACGGCGGCGGUGACGUCACAUCAGGCGCGGUUGCGGAACAGCGCAAGGACACAGUUGGUGGCGGUGGCGGUCGCAGCGGCAGCCGCAGCCCUGCGGGAACCGCUGCCGCCGUUGCGGUGCCGCCGUUGCAGCUGCAUCUGGUCCGCCCCCGGUCUUCCGCGCCCGCGCCUGCGCCUGCGCCUGCGCCGGUGCCAGAGGGGUGUUCGCAGCAGCCAACCGAUGUGGCGGCCGCGCCAGCCGCGGCGCAGUUGCCGAGGCCCCUCGAGCAUGCGCCGGCUCAGAGGCAGCAGCAUGUGGCGGAGCAGCCCCAGCCCCGACUUGCGCCCCCAGCUGCCCUGACAAGGACCCUUCCAGUGCCUGCGCCUGUGCCUGCGCCUGCUGCCGUGCUGUGGGAGGCGGACGCUCGGCACAACCACGGACCACGGCCACUGCUGACGUCAGGGCCCGCGCCGCAUGCGCCCACAUCAGCGGCCCUCGCCGCGACCUUUGAUGCGACCACUGCCGGUGCCGCGCCGCUGCACCGCACGGCAACACGCUGCGCCGCCGCUGCCGGCAGCGCUGCUCCGCACGGCACCAAAGGGCCUGGCGCCGCCCACGCCGCCCACGCCGCCUUUGUCUCUGCGCAAUCCAAGGGUCUGCUGCACCCCUCGCCUGUACCGACAGCUUCCUCGCCUUCGGCAUCGCCGCUGCACCCCUCACCUGCACCGACAGCUUCCUCACCUUCGGCACCGCCAUUGCAUGCGGCGCUCAGGGCUGCGCGGCCAGGCGCGGUGCUGGCGACGCUGAUGGCGGCGCCUGCUGCGGGCGUGCCGGUAGCGGUCUGCCGGCUGACUGGAGCCACAGGCAGAGGCAGCCGCGACGAGGCGCCUCCGUCGCGUCCGCCGCUGCUGCAGCCGCACCACGCGGCGCAUGUGAUGCCUCGCGGCAGGCAGCAGCCUCAGCCGCAGCAUGCAAAGCACGGCACUGCAACUGCCGUUGGCUGGACCAGCUGCUGCCGGCAGCCGUCCAGCCGGCCACUGGCCCCGGCUUGGGGGAAGCGGGAGCUGGAGGUGGAGGAGGCGGGAGACCCCAGCGCAGCGGCUGUGGACCAGGCAUCCCUGUGCGCCUGGAGCAGCACUGACCCUGCUGCCGGUGCUGCGGGGCUGGAUGAAGAGGUGCAGAACGACGACGGCUCACCGCAGCUGGGAGCAGGCCGAGGCGUCGGCAGCAACAGCAUCAGUAGCAGCAGCAGCAGCCCGCAGCCGCUCUGCAGCACCACCUCAACGCCGCUGGCCUCCCCCCAGCUCCACCUCUCGUACCACACAGCUCACAACCCCGGCCACAACCAGCAGCAGCAGCGUCAGGCCGCCAGCUCGCCGCUUAGCACUUCGCUGGCGUGCACCGCCGGCCGUGGCGGCAGUGGCAGCACGCCGCAGCUCGGCUUAUUAAUGGAGGGGGCGUACGGCGACAUUGAGCACGAACAAGUCCUGCACAUCACAAAGCUCCCGCAACCUUUGUACGAAGCCGGUUGGCCCUGGCCACGCUGCAUGCGCAGGCCAAGUGCCGCGCGGCCGGGCUGGCGGCUCAGCCCCACGCCGCACGUGUCCGUGUCGGUGCCUGCCUCACCAACAACAGUAACGGCAACGGGAGCAGCAGGAGCAACAGCGGCCUCGUCGGCAGCGUGCGGUGACGCAACUGGCAGCAGUUACGGCGGCAGCUAGGAAGCCUCGCAUGUGAGUGCUGUCCGAGGCUUUAGCACGGGUUGCGGCAUUGGUGGAGGAGGUGGUGGCGGCAGCGGUGGCGGCGGUGGCACGGGGAUGUGGCGCCUCGCCACUAAAUGUCACCGCGCCCUCGAGAUCCAGCUACAGCGGUCGCACUCUCCACACAGCAACCACGGCAGUCCGAGCGGCAGUAUCAGCCAGUGGCUCGGCCCGUGCGCCGGCAGGAGGAGGAGCCAGCGGCACUUGCAUUGGCAGCUCUUGCCCCCGUUGCAGCUUGUAUGCCAUUUCCCAGCCAGUGCCACUCUCCGGCGCUUUGCUCGCCUCGGCACGCAAGCUGUGAUGGAGUUGUGUGGAGCAGCAGCGGCAGCCCCGGCGGAGCGCGGCCAUGUAGCGGUGUCCUUUUGCAGGCCGCGGUCGGCAGGGACCGGUUUGGGCGUGAUAGAUCCCAUCAACAGCACCAGCACAGAUUUCUGCAGCACCAGCACCAGCCCCAGCAUUCUGGCGAGUAUCAACCACCACAGUCACAACCGACACCACGUGAGCCACAACCGCCACGCCAUCUUGAUGCUGCGUCGGUGCGGGAAUGGCAGUGAUGGCCCCGGCAUGUCUGGCGAUACCGUAUGGAGUGAUGCGUGCUGCUGGACUGGCAGCUGAGUGGGGGACAGUGGCAGGGAUAGUUGUUUCAAUUGGCUUUGGUGCGGUGCAGGGUACAACUGCUCGAUCGGCUUUGUAAUACCAGGCAUUGCUGUAGCCUUAUUAUAAAGCGGCAUUGCGAUGCGCGUGAGCCCUUUGGUGCGUUCUGGUUGACAUCUUUUGCCAACGGUCAGCGAGUCGAAGUUGAGGAGACGGGGAAUCUAGUGACUUGUGAACGCCUUCCUCUGCCUUCGGAAUCCACAAUGUCUGCAGUAAUUUCGCUUUGCUGGGAGCUUUGUGCAUGUGGCAGCGUGCUCCGGGCGCCGGGGUGUUCAUGGGAACUCGGUUACGCGACCCAGAGCCCGACCCGUCGGCGAAGUCGAAACGGCGCGGGCCGAACUUCCUCUUGACCCUAGUGCAUAUGGACGAUUGCAUUGCAUGGUAUUCGUAGCAUGUCUAUCAAGCAAAUGAGGAUAUGCGUGUCGCGCGUCGCUGUUUAUGCCGGGGGCUCGUCCUCGCGCGUGUGGCCGCGUGUGGCCUUCUGCCGAGCUGCCGAUCCCACCGCGCGACCUCAGGCUGCACCCUGACGUUUACUGACUGUCUUUGUAGCUAACUCGUGCGCAAAUGUAUGCUUUCGAAUUCCCAAUGUUGCGUUUGCUGGAACAGGAACUCCAGUGACACCCACCGUUGACAAACUUGACAAACGUGUCGAUUUAAGCCUAAGGCGCCACCAAAAUGGUGAUAUAAU